AUGCUGUUCUAUACUCUUUCUGUGCUCAAUCCUGUGGACACAGACAAGGUGACCAGAGAGAGAGGUGAAAGAGGACAGACCCUGGUGUUGUGGUUGAUUCAUCGAGGCAGUGGAGGCAGGAUGAGGGUCUUCAUGUGGGCAGCUCUACUCUUCUCUCUGACAGAGAGAGCAACAUGUCAACGUAGGGUCCCUUUGGUCAUUAAAGUAUUGUUAAUAUUGAAAUCAUUAGUAGGCCUAGUUGUAUAGAUGUGACAACACAUUUUAAUCUCAACUGAUUCUGUAUCAUCAAAAAUAUUAGUAACAAAGUGCUUUCUGCAUUACACAUGACUGUAUUAAUUUCCCUCUAUCAGAACAGCCACAGCCACCACCACACCCAACAGCAUCACCCUGGACCAUCACCUUCAGUCCAGCAGAGAUAACAGCAGAGAAGGGACUAUGUGCUGUUAUUUCAUGUACUUUCACUCACCCUGCUAAAGUCAAGCCUAUCACAGCAAUAUGGUACAAAUGCCCUUCAAAUGGCAAUUGUGAUCAGCAUAAAAACAUCAUUUUCCACUCCAAAGAUCCCUCUAAGGCUCAGGAGGGUUAUAAACAGAGAGUGUCUCUUCUGGAGACAGACCUGACAAAGAAGAACUGUAGUGUGAUCAUCAACGACAUCAGAGAGAAUGACACUGGAGCGUAUCAAUUCAGAAUGACGGGAGGACCAUUUACAUACCCACAGAAAAUGAAAAUCACUGUGACAGGUACAGCAUGACUAUUACUGUAAGUUAUAUUGACAUGACAAUUACUGUACUUAAAUAUGAACAGGUACAUAUCUCCAAUUCAUAAAUGCCAAGAUUCCCCUCCCCAAGUCUCCCUUUCCAAAGUCUUAUUUUUUCUAAACAAUGGUGGAAUGUUUUUGGCUUUAUUUGGAGCAGUUUUUACAGGGGUAGCAUAGGCAUGAUGCUGUCACACUGCGUCUGAUUAUAUUUCUCAGAUGGUCAGGUACAUAGAUGAAAAACUCACUUCUGAGUUUGUAUUUCCUAUGUUCAGCUCUGACCCAGAAGCCGUCAGUGUUGACUCCUCCUCUGACAGAGGGAGAACCAGCUACUCUGACCUGCACCGCCCCGGGGAUGUGCUCUGGAACCCCUCCUCACAUUACAUGGGCAUGGAGAGGAACAGGAGACAACAUAACUGAGCUCCAAGAAAACACCGCCAUACAGGAGAGCGAGGAUCUGGCCAGCGUCACAACAACCCACUUCUCAAAUUUGACCUUUACCCCCUCAGCUAAGGAUCACAGCACCAAUGUCACAUGUCUGGUGACCUUCAAUGGCAUUGUCACCACUAAGAAGACACUGAAAUUGAAUGUGACACGUAAGUACUGUACAUUAUCUGACCUUCAUUUCACAACACAUUAUUUCGUUGUGCUUCAACAGUUAUAUUUCAUGAACAUGAUUAACUGUGUAUGCACUUUGUUUUCUAGAUGUGAAGGAACCCAAGAUCUCUGGUUGUAACACAGUGAGAGAGGGUGAUACCCUGAAUCUGACCUGCAGUGUUGACAGCUACCCACCAUCAUCAUCUAACAUCACCUGGAGUAAGAAGGGGAAAACAGCUUUGGAUCAGAAUAACUCUGGACUGGCCACUCUCACCAUCUCUAACAUGACAAGAGUGCAUGCUGGGGAGUAUGUGUGUACAGCUCAACACCCCAACAGGACUCUGACAGCUUCCGCUGUUGUAACUGUGAUGUGUGAGUACAAACAGCACUGUACAAACCUGAUUGAAACAUUUAAGUUGAUAUGAGACGCAAUCAUUCUUAUCUCGCAUGAUGUUAACAUCAAUCUAUCACUGAUCUCUCUCUCUUCGCUGUCUUUUUCCAGACCGUCCUGUGAUGCUCAAUGGCUCUGGGUGUGUGGUCCAAGCAGAGGUCAUGACCUGUGUGUGUGUCAGUCAGGGGGUUCCCUUACCCCUCAUAGAGUGGCCACUGCUGGAGCUCAACACAGAGAAGUACAGCCUCACUACAUCAGUGUUCGGGUCCUCAGUGAACAGCACCAUCAGCCUGCCUGUUAGAAACCACACCAACAACACCAGUGUGGAGUGUGUCAGCAGAAAUACUGUGGGUGUAGUGAGAGGGAAGUUGCAGGAAACGCAAAAAGAGAACCAAGAAAAGCAAGGAGGUAAAGAUAUAAGUUAAGUAACUUUGUUAGAGAGCCCCAUUUUCCCAAUUGUACCCAAUAUGUGCAAUGUUUUGGAUUUCAGUUGGAAAACCACAUAAUGAACCCCCAAAAAAAUCUUACAGAGGAUAUGAACUUAUGUGAGCCACUUCUAAUACGUAGUUGUUGUUUUCUUUUUAAGAAGAAGUAUUGGAAGAUAUACUGGCAAUGCUGUCAAACCCAAAACGGAUUACUGCAUUUGUGAUUGGUGCAUCAUUUUCAGCUAUCAUUGCUUGCAUCGUCCUAUGUUUGAAAGGGAAAUGUCAAAGGUACAUGUAUUAUGUUACUGUAGUACAGCUAGUAUUCACUGAGCAUGUUGUUUUAAAAAUCAAUUACAGAUUGUCUUUGAAAAUUCAUAUUUGCUAUCACGAGCAUCAGAUAUACUGUCCAAAGUGCCAAUGCCUUUCACCACAUUGUAAUGGAAGUGCUUGCUUACCACUCCAAAAUACAGUUAUUGAGAUAUUUCAUUUGUAAUAUUAUCCUUAGACAAAAAGAGAGGAUCCCAAAAGACUCAGACUCCAAAAGCCCUUUCAUGAACCUGGAGAUGGUGGCAUGUGAAGACCAACAGGUGCAGUACCAGUUUCUUUCUUUAUUCAGCUUUACCAACAUUCAGUUAGCAUUGACAUGCCAAUAGGAGUUGAUAAGACAGCAUAAACAGAUCUGGGACCACCAAGCUAACAAAAUACUCAUAACACUGUGCUUUCUGUAAUGUACUCCAUAGACGGAUGCAGGACAAGCUGUGGGUGGCGAGCAGACCCCUCUGCAGGUGGAGCUGAGGGAGGGAGCUGAAAAUGGAGGACCCCAUACCAGUGGAGCCGCGGGAAAAUCUGCCACAGGGGAAGAACCCAAAGAAGUGGACUAUGCCAGUAUUGACUACUCCCUACUGAAGAAGAAGACUCCUGAGGAGGCAGAGAAGAAGACCACCACCACAGAAUCAGAGUACGCCAAAAUCAAACGAGAGAAGAAGAAAGAUGGGGAAGAAGAUGAAGGAGAGGGGAGGGGUGUGAUGGAGGAGGAGGAGAAAGAGAACAGUAAGCCAGCAGCAGAGACAGAUGAGGAUACAGCGCUUUACUCCAACGUCAAGGCUAAUAUGGGUGGUUGGAAUAGCAUACAGUAGUAUGGCUUCUAUUAUACAGCCAUGUGGUAUUCUCUCAUAUUCCAGUUUGAAUGAUUUAUGAUAAAACAGAGACUUUGUUUAAUAACUGAAACUACUGUAGUUAGUAGUUUUGGUGUUGUUUCCUCAUGUGCUGAAUCCAGUUGGAAUGUUUUAUGUUAAUACAGAGACAUUGUUUAAUAACUGAAACUACUGUAGUUAGUAGUUUUGGUGUUGUUUCCUCAUGUGCUGAAUCCAGUUGGAAUGUUUUAUGGUAAUACAGAGACAUUGUUUAAUAACUGAAACUACUGUAGUUAGUAGUUUUGGUGUUGUUUCCUCAUGUGCUGAAUCCAGUUGGAAUGUUUUAUGGUAAUACAGAGACAUUGUUUAAUAACUGAAACUACUGUAGUUAGUAGUUUUGGAAAAUGCUUUAUUUUACAGCCCUGUGUCAGAUGGUACUGUAUGUGCCUGGUGCUUGUACAUUUUAAAUAAUAAUAUUUUCUAGUAAUGUUUUUGUGAUGUUUUUCAAGGAAGUGUAAUUUUUCUUUUGUAAUGAUUGUGUUUUGUCAACAUAGAGAAGGACUGACAAAGAUAUGGUUUGGAAAAGUAGAGUGGUCAAACUUUUUCUUGUUUUUCUCCUCUUUCCUUUAAUUUUUGCAUUUCGAUUUGACAAGGGGGUGGGGGAUAUUAGGUAUACUGAACAAAAAUAUAAAUGCAACAUGUAAAGUGUUGGUCCCAUGUGUCACACCCUGGCUCUGGGACUCUAUAUGUUGAGCCAGGGUGUGGAUAUUCUAUAGGUUGUAUUUCUGUGUUGGCCAGAGUGGUUCCCAAUCAGAGGCAACGAGUGUCAGCUGUGGCUGGUUGUCUCUGAUUGGGAGCCAUAUUUAUAGAGGCUAUUUGCCCACAAAUGUUGUGGGAUCUUGUUUCUAGUCUGUUUGUGUUAGACCGUGAACUGUCACGUUAUCGUUUUUGAUCGUGUCUCUAAAUAAAGAGUAUGUUUGCCUGCAACGCUGCGCCUUGGUCCUCCUCUCUUCCCGACGAGCGUGACAGUAGAUCCCACCAAACCAGGACCAAGCAGCGUGUCCAGGAACACACGCAGGAGGUAACGCUGGUGGAUGUCCUCCUCGGCUGGGGGCAGAUUGCGAAGGAGGAGGCCGUCCGGUACCGGAAGGCGAUGAAGGGGGAGAUCCAGGCAGGAGUGGAGAAGCGGCGUCAACCGGGCCGUGGUCGGACAGGCGAGAGGCACCCCCAAUAAUUUUUUAGGGGGGGGGCACACGGCAUGGGCGACUGGGCAGCAGGAGGCUGCCACAGGGCGAAUUGGGAGAUUAGGAGAGGAGGCCACCGGGUUUUGGGGGCCAGAAGGCAGGUUGGCGGAGCCUGGAUGGAGAGCAGAGCCAACUCCCCGUACUCAGGCAUGGCAGCAUGAGACUGGGCAGGUUCCGCGGUAUGCGGAGCUGCGCACUGUGCCACGAGUGGUCCGGCAUAGUCCGGUACGUCCUGUGCGAGCACCCCGCACGUGUUGUGCGAAGGUGGGCAUGCAGCCAGGACGGAGUGUGCUGUUAUGCCAGUACGGGUACACAGCCCUGUACGUCCUGUGCUGAUGCCUCACACAGAGUGUGUGAAGGUAGGCAUUCAGCCAGGACGGGUUGUGGCAGCUCUUCACUCCAGGUCUCCUAUCCGUCUCCACAGCCCGGUCCGGCCUGUCCCUGCUCCACGCACCAAGCCUACGGUGUGCGUCGCCAGCCCGGUCCGGCCUGUCCCUGCUCCACGCACCAAGCCUACGGUGUGCGUCGCCAGCCCGGUCCGGCCUGUCCCUGCUCCACGCACCAAGCCUACGGUGUGCGUCGCCAGCCCGGUCCGGCCUGUCCCUGCUCCACGCACCAAGCCUACGGUGUGCGUCGCCAGCCCGGUCCGGCCUGUCCCUGCUCCACGCACCAAGCCUACGGUGUGCGUCGCCAGCCCGGUCCGGCCUGUCCCUGCUCCUCGCACCAAGCCAGGGGUGCGCAUCGUCAGCCCGGUCCGGCCCGUUCCUACUCCACGCACCAAGCCAGGGGUGCGCAUCGUCAGCCCGGUCCGGCCCAUUCCUACUCCACGCACCAAGCCAGGGGUGCGCAUCGUCAGCCCGGUCCGGCCCGUUCCUACUCCACGCACCAAGCCAGGGGUGCGAGUCGUCAGCCCGGUCCGGCCCGUUCCGGCUCCAUGCACCAAGCCAAGGGUGCGCGUCGUCAGUCCAGCACAACCCGUGCCUGGGUCACCGGUGCCUGGUAAGGUACCGGUCAGCUGCUCCACACCGGAGCCAAAGCGGUCCGCUUCUACGAUGUCCGGUCCAGCUCCAGCCAGUGGGGCCAGACCGGACCAGGGGCGCCAUGGGGGGAUGGUGGAAGGGUGGUGGUCAAGCCCGGAGCCGGAACCGCCUCCGAGGAGGAAUGACCACCCAGCCCUCCCCUGGUGUGUGUACGUUUAGGCGCGGUCGCAGUCCGCGGCUUUAGGGGGGGGUACUGUCACACCCUGGCUCUGGGACUCUAUAUGUUGAGCCAGGGUGUGGAUAUUCUAUAGGUUGUAUUUCUGUGUUGGCCAGAGUGGUUCCCAAUCAGAGGCAACGAGUGUCAGCUGUGGCUGGUUGUCUCUGAUUGGGAGCCAUAUUUAUAGAGGCUAUUUGCCCACAAAUGUUGUGGGAUCUUGUUUCUAGUCUGUUUGUGUUAGACCGUGAACUGUCAUGUUAUCGUUUUGUUGUUUUUGAUCGUGUCUCUAAAUAAAGAGUAUGUUUGCCUGCAACGCUGCGCCUUGGUCCUCCUCUCUUCCCGACGAGCGUGACACCAUGUUUCAAUAGUUGAAAUAAAAGAUCCCAGAAAUGUUCCAUACGCACAAAAACCUUAUUUAUCUAAAAUGUUGUGCACAAAUUAGUUUACAUCCCUGUUAGUAAGCAUUUCUCCUUUGCCAAGAUAAUCCAUCCACCUGACAGGUGUGGCAUAUCAAGAAGCUGAUUAAACAGCAUGAUCCUUACACAGGCGCAACUUGUGCUGUGGACAAUAAAAGGCUGAAUGUGCAGUUUUGUCACACAACACAAUGCCACAGAUGGCAGUACGUCCAAAUGGCAGUACGUCCAAAUGGCUUCACAACCGCAGACCACGUGUAACCACGCCAGCCCAGGACCUCCACAUCUGGCUUCUUCACCUACGGGAUCAUCUGAGACCAGCCACUCGGACAGCUGAUGAAACUGUAAUAAAGCCCUUUUAUGGGGAAAAACUCAUUCUGAUUGGCUGGGCCUGGCUCCCCAGUGGAUGGGCCUGGCUCCCAAGUUGGUGGGCCUAUGCCCUCCCAGGCCAACCCAUUGCUGCGCCGCUGCCCAGUCAUGUGAAAUCCAUAGAUUAGGGCCUAAUGAAUUUAUUUCAGUUGACUGAUUUCCUUAUGUGAACUGUAACUCAGUAAAACCGUUGAAAUUGUUGGAUGUUGCUUUUAUACUUUUGUUCAGUAUAGUAUGUGUGUUUGUAACCAUUAUAUUUCUGUACAUAGAAUGCUGAAAUACUGCAGAAAAUGUUGGCAAAAUGUAAUAAAGAAUUUUCAUUUUGGGCUAGCCAGAGAGGUCAAAUGAAAUGAAUCAAGAAAAAAAGUACAUUAUGCUUUUAAAAGUUGUGUGCUAUAGACAGGUUUGUUGUCUAGCAACAAAAUAGACGUGUGCACAACUAUGGGGCAAAACAGACGGGUAGGCUUAGAUUGUUGACAACAUGUAAACUUUAUUUAGUCUCUAAUGUUUAUUAAAAAUAUAAAUACAUUUGCACAAUGAGAACUUCUUGUCUCUCAAGUACAUUGUUACAGUUGUUGGUUAGCUAGCUAGCUAAUUUUUGCAUAUUAGCAUAGAUGUGACAUCAGUCAAAAUACCUCAAAACAUGACAUGGUAUCAAGAACAAGAUAAAACUAGCUGAAACCAGCCACCUACAAUUCACCACAUGGCAGCUUUGUGUCAUUGUUGCUAGCUAUCUGGCCAUCCAGAAUCACGACAACACACAGCCUUCUGACUCAUUGAAGCGUGCAUAUCGUUUUCGUGGCAUUGUCAGCUAACCCGUCUAUUAGAAUAUUUUUCUAUUAAUAAGUGUGCAUUAUUGCAGUAUUGUUUAUAUUCAGACACUACCUCACUUUUAAUGGUUUUGUGUAUUUCCAUUUGUUUGUUUUCUGAAAUCUGUCCAAAGCAUGUAGAAAUUGUGUAUGUUUUUAUAGGCCAAACUAAAAUCUGAACUCAUCAUGAUUACUAGAAGUUUAGAUAGCUGGCCGGUAGACUAAUUUACCAAUCUAAAACAUUUUUGCUGACAUGGGCUAAUUGUGUGACCUUAAGUGACUUACAUAACAUGAGAAAAACUGCUGAUGCACAACCACAUUUCGAAAUUGCACCUUGUGUAUUCUACUAUUCUAACUCUCAACAGUAAGUUAAAACCUGAUUGAGUCCCCCCCCCCCCCCCACACUGUUUUUCUAUUAUUAUAUUUUUCACUUUGGAAAUUGAUCCGCGGGCCUACAAAAGGGUGACCGGCGCCAUCUGCCCAGCCCUGGUAUAAAUGUUAAUUACUAUUAUUAUUAUUUUAUUUUGUAAUGUUUCGAUAGAGUAAAUGAAAGCUUUAUCUUGGAAGUUAAACAGAAAUGCUAAUACAUAAAUACACCCUACUUCUUUCUUUCAAUACCAAACUGCGAGAAUGCAGUGUUUUUCCUUUGUUGAGUGUAACAGGUUGAAGAAGAGAAACUAUCCUGUCACAAUCAAGGUAUUCUUAAAGAGCUACCGGACAAACUCACUAUAAACACAUAUAUUAUUCCUCAGGUUUGGACUAGAAGAACAUGAAGAUGUAAAACAUGUCCCUUUGUCACUGUUUCCAUUCAAACAAACUGGGAAAGGAAUUACACACUUUGAAGAUUGUUUCAGAGGAAAUAACGUUGCCUACACGUAUUUAUCCUUCUUGCUCAGGAAUCAAAUAUUUAUGUCCAGAGAGGGAAUUUGUCUUUAUAGACUUAAUUUUUUUAAAUAAUGUGUUUUUACCUAAUGCUCAAUGGUUGUACUAUUGACUCACAGACAAUGAAAGCUCUGUUCAUGUUUUAACUUGUUUGAAUUGAUACCAUCGUUGUCGUCAUUACAUUUCAAUGGGUGGCGCUGAGAUCAAUGGUUAUUACACUGCCGCCUAUUCCACACAUUUGUACGGUUUUGUGUGCACUAAAAGAAAAGACAAACGGUUAAUUUACAGAUUACAUCACCUGCCACUUGUCUGUGUGAGCAUCAUGGACUCUGUUGUGUGUAUGUUCUCAAACUCAUACUGGAUUAAGGAUGGGAUUACAGGAUUAGAAUGUUCCACUCACAGUACAGAGCCUGUAAAUAGAUCUAGCAGACACAGUCAGCACACUUGGCCUGUAUUGAGGAUAUACAGUAUCUGCUAUUAAUAAUUGGGAUGUAUUUCCCUACUAAGGUCUGCCCUUAGGUUUUUUCAUCCAGGUCAAAGGUAAGGCAUAGGUAGUAGCAUACAUUAGUACUGUAGACCAGACAGUUAGUUGGAGCUAAGAUUGUGUGUUUGUUUACCUAACACUUAGAAUACUUUUAGUUUUGCCAAAUAAGCAUAUUUAUAUUCAUACAUUCAUACAUUGAACCUCAUACAUUUUUAUACAAUGUUUUAUUAGCAGGCUGAGAUGUUACUACUUAUCCUCAAAUUAAGCAGUUAGGGACAGUGUUUCCCAGGCCUGAAGGGCUGCAGUGCAUGUCAGUGUUUGUUAUUUCUUUCUAAUCAGAGACAGAUACAUAGGUCUGUAUUCUGGUGUUUGGACAUUCAUUGACUUGCCAAGCAAUGAUGAAUUGAACUAAAUAAAUCAUGUGCCUAGGAACAUUUAAUUAAAUCAUCCAGGAUUUAAUCAGGUUUGUCGCUCUGUAUAAAAGCGUCUGCUAAAUGACUAAAAUGUAAAAUGUAAAAUGUAAAUUCAUCAGCACCAGGUUAGAGGGAGGAGUAACAGACUGGGGACAGGAAGUGACAGUUUACCUCUCUCUCAGUGUGCUCUCUCCCCCUGUUGACUAUGAACCCUGUAUGUGUCUCUGAUGGGUGUGAUGUGCUGAUUCAGUCUUAUUCUCUGCAUGGCUCAAAAAACUGUUAAAGUACUUGGGAAAAAUUGGCAACUCUCUGGACAUCACUUGCAAUUAUUUAACAAAGUUAGUAACUCCUUUGUCAUUGGUAGAAACAAUUGGUACUUUUUUGUUUUUUACAAUGAAUCUCCAUGAGGAAUUCGGUAAAAAGUAUGUAAUUAGUCUGUUACCAUGUGGUUUCUAAAUAAAUUCCAGACAACUAGCGUAAAAUAAAGCAUUACUAGGACUUUGACAUCUUCUCUCCAUGUAUUAAAUUACAGUUGAAAAAAUGUGCUUAGAAGGUUGUAACAAUCAUAAACGUGUCAUGAAACGGUUAUGUCAGAUGUUAUGAAUGCCUAUGUAUUCCCCUUACACAGCUGGUAAUGGGAUGUGUAGUUAUUAUUAUAACACUAUUUAUCAUGUUAUUCGAUACUCUCUCUGUGCUCCAGACCUGUGAACACAGACAAGGGGACCAGAGAGAGAGGUGAAAGAGGACAGACCCUGGUGUUGUGGUUGAUUCAUCGAGGCAGUGGAGGCAGGACGUGGGUCCUCAUCUGCACAGCUCUACUCUUCUCUCUGACAGAGAGAGCAACAUGUCAA